CCACGUAUAAAUUGUCCGGCACUAUGUAACCUCGCCCCCUCUAAGCUCUGUUGCGCCCCCUUUCUGUCUCUUCCCCUUGAGCUGUGGUUGGAGCGAUCCGAGAGAAAGUUUUCAAUCAUGUUGGUUUACCAGGAUCUCCUCACCGGUGAUGAGCUUCUCUCGGACUCGUUUCCAUACAAGGAAAUUGAGAAUGGAAUGUUGUGGGAAGUUGAUGGAAAGUGGGUUGUUAAGGGAGCAGUAGAUGUAGACAUUGGUGCUAACCCUUCUGCUGAAGGCGGAGAAGAUGAGGGGGUUGAUGACCAAGCUGUCAAGGUUGUUGACAUUGUUGAUACGUUCAGACUUCAGGAGCAACCUGCCUUUGACAAGAAACAAUUUCUUGUCUUCAUGAAGAGGUAUAUCAAAUUGUUAACACCCAAACUAGAGGCAGAGAAGCAAGAGCUGUUUAAGAAGCAUAUUGAGGGAGCUACCAAAUUCCUGCUCUCCAAAAUCAGUGAUCUUCAGUUUUUUGUUGGGGAAAGCAUGCACGAUGAUGGUAGUUUGGUCUUUGCUUACUACAAGGAUGGUGCUACUGAUCCAACAUUUCUUUACCUUGCUUAUGCUUUGAAGGAGGUGAAGUGCUAAGUGGCAUCAUAACCCUCAAAUCUGGGGUUUCUGCCCCCUAUCUAUUUGAUUUCUCUUUUCGUUAUGUACCAAGUGACUGGAAGUGUUCAGGAUUAAUGGUGUUAUUAUAAAUUAUCGAUCUGACUCUUUUAAAUUGUGGGACAGUUUACGCUUUGAUUCCGCUAAAUUUUGAAUGCCAGUUAAAUUUGUUAAUAUUGUUCUUUUGUU